AAAAAAAAGAAGAAAAGACUUUUAUUUUGCUCUGGCGGUGUGACGUCAUAAGGCUGCGCGCACUCCCGCGUCUGUGAUUCGGCUGAAGAAAGAUAAACUGAGGUCCAUUCGACACUUUUAUAAAGAUGGAGUUUAUCAAAGAGGAGAGUGAAGACGUGAAGAUUGAAGAAACAUUCAGAGUCAAACAUGAAGAGACUGAGACACACAAUAUUAUAAAGAUGGAGUUUAUUAAAGAGGAGACAGAAGACGUGAAGAGUGAAGAAACAUUCAGAGUCAAACAUGAAGAGACUGAGGAACAAACAGACCUGAUGGCACUGAAAGAGGAGAGUCAAGGACUGAAUGAAACAGAAGAGAAAGAUCAAAAUGAGAAACAUCAUGAUUUCAAAACUGAAGAAAAAUCAAUUAGUUGUUCACAGACUGAAAAGACUCCGAAAAUACAAACUAAAACCCUUAAUUACAACAUAAUUCACACUGGAGAGAAACCUUACACCUGCAAACUGUGUGGAAAGUGUUUUACACAGAAAAAUACCCUUAAUGUCCACAUGAGAAUUCACACAGGAGAGAAACCUUACACCUGCAAAGUGUGUGGAAAGUGUUUUACUCUGAAAAAUCACCUUAAUGUCCACAAGAGAAUUCACAGUGAAGAGAAACCAUUCAUAUGCCCUCAUUGUGGAAAGAGAUUUAAACAGAAAAAUACCCUUAAUGUCCACAUGAGAAUUCAUACUGGAGAGAAACCUUACACCUGUGAGCUGUGUGGAAAGUGUUUUACACAUAAAAAUACCCUUAAUGGCCACAUGAGAAUUCACACUGGAGAGAAACCUUACACCUGUGAGCUGUGUGAGAAGAGUUUCACACGAAUUGGAGAGCUUAAGAUUCACAAGAGAAUUCACAGUGAAGAGAAACCAUUCAUAUGCCCUCAUUGUGGAAAGAGAUUUAAACAUAUAAAUACCCUUAAUGUCCACAUGAGAAUUCACACUGGAGAGAAACCUUACACCUGCAAAGUGUGUGGAAAGUGUUUUACUCUGAAAAAUCACCUUACUGCCCACAAGAGAAUUCACAGUGAAGAGAAAACAUUCAUAUGCCCUCAAUGUGGAAAGCGAUUUAAACAGAAAAAUACCCUUAAUGUCCACAUGAGAAUUCACACUGGAGAGAAACCUUACACCUGUGAGCUGUGUGGAAAGUGUUUUACACAUAAAAAUACCCUUAAUGACCACAUGAGAAUUCACACUGGAGAGAAACCUUACACCUGUGAGCUGUGUGAGAAGAGUUUCACACGAAUUGGAGAGCUUAAGAUUCACAAGAGAAUUCACAGUGAAGAGAAACCAUUCAUAUGCCCUCAGUGUGGAAAGAGAUUUAAACAGAUAAAUACCCUUAAUGGCCACAUGAGAAUUCACACUGGAGAGAAACCUUACACCUGCAAAGUGUGUGGAAAGUGUUUUACUCUGAAAAAUCACCUUACUGCCCACAAGAGAAUUCACAGUGAAGAGAAACCAUUCAUAUGCCCUCAUUGUGGAAAGAGAUUUAAACAGAAAAAUACCCUUAAUGUCCACAUGAGAAUUCACACUGGAGAGAAACCUUACACCUGUGAGCUGUGUGAGAAGAGUUUCACACGAAUUGGAGAGUUUAAGAUUCACAAGCAUUCACAGUGAAGAGAAACCAUUCAUAUGCCCUCAGUGUGGAAAGAGAUUUAAACAGAUAAAUACCCUUAAUGUCAACACGAGUAUUCACACUGGAGAGAAACCUUACACCUGCAAAAUUUGUGGAAAGUGUUUUACACAGAAAAUUCACCUUAAUGUCCACAUGAGUAUUCACACUGGAGAGAAACCUUUUAUCUUCAAACUCUGUGGAAAGAAUUUCUCACAUAACAUAUACCUAAAGAAUCACAUGAGGAUUCACACUAGAAAGAAUCCGCUCAACAGGAGGAAGCCACAAGAAACACUUUAGAAUUCGGCUGGUCUCCAUAUUUGGAAACCCAGAGUCCCAGUCAAACUCAGUCAGUCCAGUAUGGGAUGACAACAGCAAAGAAAAUACUAUUUUGAAGAUGUGGAAGAAAGUUUGUACACAAAUUUGAGAUGUGGCUAACAGAGUUUAGCAGUGUGCUACAUAUGGAGAAAUUCUGUUGUGAAAUUGCUGGUAAACCGAAGAAAUUCUUACAGAUAUGGAAACCCUUUUAAAUAUCGUGAAGGUGAUAACUGAUUAUUAAUUUCAACACUCUAGACAAGGGAUAGGUAACAUUGGUUCUGGGUACCACUGUCCUGCAGAUUUUAGCUCCAACCCUAAUCAAACACACCUGAACAAGCUAAUUAAAGUCUUCAAAGUUACAAAGGCUACAGGCAGGUGUUGGUUUUUUCAAGGUUUGAGGUAAACUCUGCAGGACAUCGUCACUCCAGGACCACAUUGCCUAUCCCUGAUCUGGACAUAUUCUCUGUGUGGUGUGACAGAGUAUGUCUAGUAAGGUUAUCAUGCAGCUAUUUAAUAAUUGGAUAAUAUUUUGUACUGAAAUUUUAUUUUAUAUAGCCCCCCUCCCAAUUUUAGAAAACAUUUGGGGCAUCAUAAAGAGGAAGAUGCGACAAAGAAGACCUAAGACAGUUGACAUCCAAAGCAAUUUGACCAAUAACAUGCAGGUAUUAUUCAUAAUUGACCAAUUGUGGGGCUGCGCGUGAGAAGGUGAGAACUACAAGGAACGAUCAAAGUGGUGCAAACAUGUGUUUGUUCUGUCGUUUGACUUGAAUCGUUGCUGCACACCAAUCAAAAAAAGACACCAAAGUAGGUUCAAGAGAGUGAAUCGAAAGUAUUAGGAGCGGUCUGCUUUGCUAUCUAUAGCUCAUGAAUGUCACACAACCUGGAUAUUUUAGGCAAUAUUAAAAUCCUGGCCGGGACGUGUCCCGUAUGAUGGCGCAUGUGGCCACUCUAUUGAGUAUAAACUGCUUACCUGUGCUCCCACUUUCCAGUGAUCACUCCGGUGUAUUCUCCAAGUUCCUGUUUUCCUUGUCAUCCAGUUGUCAUCGUGUGUUUAAGUGCUCCAUGUGUGGUUGUAGCUCCAUGUAGCUUCGCUUUUCUGUUGAAUCUCCAUCUUACUAUCACUCUCUGUUGUCUAAAGUGAUCAAAUAUAAACUUAAUUCCCACCAUAUAUUCGAUAUUAUCUUUCAAACUAAUCUGACCAUUCGCUUUGUAGCCGAUCUGACUUGAACCAGACAAAUUAAAGAGUCGAUCAGGACUGUGGUUGAAACACGAGCCAAAUUCCUCAGGAAGUCCUAAAACAUUCUGUGCCACAAGUCCCAAGCAAGAUAACCAACCAACCAACUCUGCAUC